AGCAAAUCCCUGUCUUAAUCCAUAAUGGGAGACCCAUCUGUGAGUCAAUGAUCAUAGUUCAAUAUAUUGAUGAGGUUUGGAGCCAUAAACCUUCAUUGUUGCCUUCUGAUCCUUAUCGACGUGCACAUGCCAGGUUUUGGGCUGACUACAUCGACAAGAAGAUUUAUCCUAUUGGAAGGAAUCUAUGGGCAUCUGAAGGUGAGGUCAAAGAAUCAUCGAAGAAGGACUUGUUUCAGUGCUUUAAAAUCUUGGAAGAAGAACUCGGAGACAAGCAAUAUUUUGGGGAUGAGAGCUUUGGCUAUAUAGACUUGGCACUUAUUCCGUUCUACAGCUUCUUUUACACCUUUGAGACCCUAGGAAACUGGAGCAUGGUAGCCGAGUUCCCUAAGCUCGUGAAGUGGGGUGAGAGAUGCUUGCAAAAGGAGAGCGUCUCCAAGUCUUUAAGUGACCAAAAGGAGAUUUAUGAAGCUGCUUUGCAGAUCAAACAGGAACUGGGGAUUGAAUAAAUAUAUAAUACUGCAAAAGAAGCUUGAUAUUGUGGCAUUUUAUGUUUUUCAACUUUUGUUUAGUAAUUUUAUUUUCAUAUAUAGUUCAAGUAUCUUAAAAUACAUAAUUCAAGAAAAGAUUUAGUAACUUAAAAAUACAAUAGAAUUAUUAUUCAUGUUCA